AAGAUGCUCUGUACUUAAUAAAACCGGAUCAAGCUGGCAAACCAUAUUGGUGUUAUUCUUGAUACCCGGGCUUUUUCCGUCAACAUGCUCUUACCAACAAUGCACACCAGUCACAAGAUUCAUACAGUUUAUAUAUUAUCAAAUCCUACAUAUUCAUGAGGUAUUCAUACAUAAACACAAGAAUUCCUGGAAAUCAUUUUCGUACUUCCCUCCUUCUUCCGAUUCUGCGCACUAAAGCUUAGAAAUCUCUAGAAAUGAGUCUGGGGUGUAAUUUGGGUUGGUGGCCCAUGAGUCGGUGGUCGUGAUCUCCCCCUGCCGGAAUUACCUAUUCCCUAGUUUCACUGUUCCUUGGCAGAGAUCUGUAAACUGUUACAGUUCAUUCUCCCCAGGUCUCAUUAAUUUCAGGUCGUGGCACAUCUGAGACAUUUUCCAAUGUGUUCUAGGUAAUCAAUUACUUCUGUGUCUAGACAUCUCUCCAACAACUUCCAACAGAAUUAUUUUCAAUGAUAAAUCUAAUUACCUAAGCAGUAUCUAGGUGUACCUAGUAAAUGAUUACUGACCAAUUCUUCGGCCUUGGUACAGGGCUAUACAGAGGAAUUCACAGAAGCAUUGGUUUCUGGUUAGAUGCGUAAAAUGCAAGAUAAAUGUAAACAUGUAAGCCUACUAAAAGCUCUCUCAUAAUUCUGUAUUCAUACUAGAAUCAAACAUUAUUAACUCUGAUCGGUGGCAAAUCAGUGACACUGGCAUUGCCAAAUCCUGGAAAGCCUUUGGAACUGUUUGUCCAUGAGAAGAAAGGAAUAACCCUGGGGGUGUUGGCACAAUUUCUCGGGUUCUUACGCCAGGCGGCUGCAUCUUCUCUAAACAAUUGGACACUGCAAGUCAAGGAUGGCCAGGAUGCCUGAGGGCAGUGGCAGCAACAGUGAUGUUAAUCCAAAAGGCCUGGAAGUUCACCCUACGGCAGCAAAUAACAGUCUAUGUAUCUGACACGGUAGUCACAGUUUUGGAACAAAAGGGAAAUCAUUGGCUGUCUCUGGGCCAAAUGCUCAAAUAUCAGGCCGUCUUGUUAGAUCAAGAUGACGCUAAAUGAAAGACAAUGGCCGUACCGAAUCCUGCAACUUUCUUGUCUGACGAGCAAAAUGAGAGGGAGGCCUUAGAGCAUGACUGUCUAUGAACAACUGAGGAAGUGUGUGCCAGCAGGACAGAUUUGAAGGAUACACCUUUACUAAACCCUGAUUUGGAACUAUAUACAGAUGGAAGCGGUUUUGUUAUGAAGGGACAACGUGUGUCCGGAUACGUGGUGACUACUGUGACUGAUGAUGUGGAAGCCAAAUCAUUGCCACCGAAUGUAUCCGCUCAAAAAGGCUGAAUUAAUUGCCUUGACUAACUGAACGUUAGAAUUAAGCAGAGAGAAGAAGGUGAACAUUUGGACUGAUUCAAAAGACGUGUUUGGAGUACUUCAUGCCCAUGGGGCUAUAUGGAAAGAAUGAGGACUCUUAACCUCACAGGGAACUACAAUCAAACACAAGGAAGAAGUCUUAAAACUUCUUGAAAGCGUACAAUUGCCUACUGAACUUGCUGUGAUGUAUUGUAAGGCCCAUCGAGCAGGAGACAGUGAACAACAGCGGACGAAUAGAUUGGCUGAUGAGGCUGCUAAACGGGCUGCACAAAAAAGCAUGCUAACAGAGGUUCAGGUGUUAGUUCCAGAACGUCAGUUAAAUUUACCUGAACAGCUGAACUAUGACAAACAAAAUUUAAAAUUAAUCGCCUAUAAAUGUCUAUCCACACGAGCCAGGAUGCCAGCAGGAAGCUCCCCACCUUUCAUGAGCUUUGAGGCUGCCACUCUUGAAGCCACGGCCUCCAGGGACCCAGCCCUGCUCAGCAAAUGCAACGCACGGAGCUGACCCCUGCUUUUCUCCCGUGACUGCCCUGCACUCCAGCAUGUGAGCACGGCCCCACCGUACAGCUGCAGAAGGCAGACUGACGAGCUGUGGCCAGUACAGGACGUGCCAAAGCCACGGAGAAUGGCACGUGGGGCGGAGAGCAGGAGCAGCCUUCUCUGUUGAGGGCUUGCACUUGCAUGCCCUUGGCCACACGUACCAGGUGCCACAACCGGCCUUGUCGGCGCUGGCCCAGAACAGCAAGAGAACUCAGACACAGCAAGGACAGGAAGCCUGACAGAGGGUGUCGCUGGGGCUGACAUGGCCCCUGUGGACAGUGCUGCGUCUGCGCUGCACGGCGCUUUGUGCGGGAGGGCUGACACUACUUGGGGCUGCUUGGUUUAUUGUGCUCGCACAGCCCUGCUUGCCUGCCGCGGCUGUAAGCAGAUCGGCUCUGCGACACCCAAAGGCACAUACUGCCUGUAGUAGUUACGUUCUCUGGCGUACGUUUCUUGGGAAGGACCUAGUGGCGAAGGGCUGCCACUAGUCAGUAUGUGGAGAGCAGGGUGGCCGUGAACUUCCCAAAGAGGCUGUGGUGCCACACGGGUUUUUUUCCUGCUAGCCAUUAGCAGGCUGUGCUCAGAGCCGGGCACUGCUGCCUGUCCCGGGUCCUGCACACCCUCUUCCCACACGCAGAGCAUUUGGCGGGGGUGUGUUGGGGGCGUCCGAUCCCAGCUUCUGCUUCCCCUCCUGCUUGGAAACCCCCAUGUUGUGUCCCCCCCCCAAGAGGCACCUGGAACCAGCGACUCUGUGACAUCAGCCUCGUUGCCAAGGGCAUCGUGGGCAACGUGAGCCCUGCGGGCACUCUGUCAGCUGCUGCACUGGUGGCAGAGAGCCCUCGGUUCUGGCAGCUGGCACAUGCCGCUGGCAACCAUGCGUUUGCUCCCACUCCUCAUCCUGCUGGCCCUGUGCUGGCCUGCGCACGGCGCGUGGGACACCUGUGGAGGGACCUGCGGGCUCCGGCCCAUGGCUGCUGGCUAUGGCACCUCGCGUGUGGUGGGUGGCACAGACGCCCAGCCAGGGGCCUGGCCCUGGAUGGUCAGCAUCCAGGUUCCCUGGGCAGCAGGCACGGGGCAUAUCUGCGGAGGAUCCCUCAUCAGCCCACAGUGGGUCCUCACAGCAGCCCACUGCUUCACCAAGGCCAGGCACGUCACCACGUGGCGCGUAGUGAUCGGGGCCACCCAGUUGACUCAGCUGGGCCCGGAGGCCCAGGUGCGCAACAUUAAGCGGCUGCUGGUUCACGAACACUACAGCAGCAUCUCGGAGAGCAACGACAUUGCGCUGCUGGAAUUGGACCGGCCUGUCCAGUGCAGCGACUCUGUACAGCUUGCCUGCGUGCCCGACGCCUCGCUGCGAGUGUCCCAGCUGACAACCUGCUACGUCAGCGGCUGGGGGUCCACGACUGCAAGAUCUGGAGGAUCAACUGAUGUCCUGCAGGAGGCCAAGGUCCACCUCAUCAAUGUCAGGCUCUGCAACAGCAGCCGGUGGUACGGAGGAGCCAUCCACACCCACAACCUGUGUGCCGGCUAUCCGCAGGGCGGCAUCGACACCUGCCAGGGUGACAGCGGUGGGCCUCUUGUGUGCAAAGAUAACAACGCUGACUACUUCUGGCUUGUUGGAGUGACCAGCUGGGGGACAGGCUGUGCAAGAGCAAGACAGCCUGGAGUCUACACCUCCACCCAGCACUUUUACGACUGGAUCUUGGAACAGAUGGGACUGCGCCCAGCAGGAACGGCUGCUCCAACACCACGGCCAGUCUUCACCUCGACCCCCUUUCAGAGGCCAAGGCCCACACCGACGCAAGCGGGCAGCUUUACGCCCUGUCCGUUUGCACGCCAGAAGCUGCUGCAAUUCUUUAAACUGCUGCAGGACUUCCUGCAGGUCCUAAGGGGGAAAAAGGCUCCCGCAGCAGCAUGAACAGGACCCAGCUCAAGCUGCUGUGCGCCGCCACCAUCUCCUGCUGGGGCGCUGCCUGCUGAGCCAAAGGCAGCCUCAGUGCCAAAGGCCUGUUUGCUCCUGCCCACGCACACAAAUGCUGGAGUUGAGCCUUCAGGUUCUUGAAAUAAAGUUGCCGGUUUUCACAGUUAA